AUGUCGAAUGUGAACCGUGCCAGAUGGGGUGAUAUCGACGGGGAUGGUAGAGCUGACUACAUGAUCAUCGACAACGGUGGAAACGUUCGUGCUUGGAGGAACUCAGGUACCAGUGAUACUCCCACCUGGCAGCCCCUCGGCUUGCGUUUCUCCGCAAAGUGCAUGGGUGACAUACGUGGUGUUCGUUUCGAGGACAUCAACGGCGAUGGGCGUGACGAUUGGCUAUGGACCAACUCGCGAAGCUGCAAGAAAGGGAAGCCAGGGGAUGGUCUCAACGUCGCCUGGAGGCAGGGGUUCUGGAAAGGUGCCUCUUCUGGACCAACCCAUGCUGGUGUUGGAGCUACCAAUCGAAGUAGAAUCCACUUCGCCAGGAUCUAUGGCGAGGCGGGCUUUGGACUUCUACCUAAAGUAGACUAUAUCUAUCUCCAAUCAACCAAGCAACCCAACGGCAAGUUCAAGUUUAAUAUGAGAGUUUGGAAAAACACUGGGGGCGGUUCCACCAAGCUCAAAGCAGAUGGCAACAAGUACUGCAACAUGCACGGUGUUGCGGAUGGACGACAAGAUUACGUUUGGACUCGACCAUCAGGCAAGAUGAUGGUCUGGCCCAACUUGGGGAAGAAAUCGGUCCGCGGUAGCGAUGACUAUUUCUGGGGCUCGCCCAAGGAACUCUGGCGCCCUGGAAGGAAUUUGGACCGCAGGGACCUCCAUCUGGUCGACUGGAAUGAUGAUGGUGCGUGCGAUAUCGCAUGGGUUAAUCCAGACAACAACAAUAAGAUUUCUGUCUGGCUGAACAACUACAAGAAGACAGGGGAGUUCACCUGGACCUACCUUGCCGAUCCUGCCCCAGUCUUGAACUGUCCGGAAAAGAGAGGGGUUGGCAUACACGAUCUUCCGGUCAGAUUUGCCGACAUCUCAAACAACAAGAUGUCGGACUAUAUCUGCAUUCAGCCAGACGGACGAUUCUACGGCUGGACUCACAACAGCGAUGGUUCCUGGGAGAAAAUUGAACAGUUCAAGAAGGCAGAAAGUAUCAACCGCGCCAACAUUCGCUUCGGCAAUGUCAACGGACGUGGCGGAGACGACUUGAUCUGGGUCGACAAGUACACCGGCGAUGCCACCGUCUACAUCAACAGAGGCAAGAUGAAUACCGGCGGUAGCAAUUGGUGGUUCCUGAAGAGCGGAAAACAGUACUCGGGUUCUUGGGCAGGGACCUGCCAAUACUUUCCUGACCUCGAUGGAGACGGCAGAGCAGACCUACACUCCAUCAUGUCCACGUUUACUAACCGCGGAGAAACCUUUUUCAAUCGUUGCGGUUUGACGGAUGCUGUAGGCGAUGACGCAGGCUGGGCGCCGGGUCAAGAUCCAGGAUUCGGUAAGCUGCAGGAUUCUUCUGACGAGCCGGAUAGCAGGGGCGGUACUGUUCCUGCUCUUGAAGAUACUUGCCCUGACGGCUGCUGGAAUGUGUCUGACGACAAAAAGAUCAAGUGCGUGUAUGAUGGCAUGUUAUGGGACAUGGAAGAUAGGGACGACGACAUCCCGGACGACCGAUUGAAUAUCAAAAAGCUUGCUGCUAUUGGGGAUUCUUACUCGGCUGGCAUCGGUGCCGGAGACAGACUUGGAAGUAUAUUCGACGCUUUGAAAGAAGGAAGUGCGGCGAACUUCGCGCAACCACCACAGUACUUGACGACCUUUCAUCGUUUUGAGUUCAACAGCUUGGUUGACGAGAUGAAUCAAAAACUUGAAGAAGCAGUUGACCGAGCAGGCGAUUCUGUCAAAUUCAUCAACUACGAUCAAUACGUCGGCAAAUACGGCGGCAGGUUCUGCGAGGCAGGAGUCGAUGAGUCGACCAGUGAAAGCAACACCAGGAAGGGACUGAUGUUUUACGAACUCAACUCCUGGGAUCCAGCAGGCACAAGCCCAUGGAAGCGCGGCACUGGCGGCGGCGAACUCAACGGGACCUUUUAUGGUGAUAUGCUCAUUCUCGGGCAAAUCACGCGCCUUCUAGAUCCCAACGCUGAGCUUCAUCAUGAUGGCGAUGAGGCAAAGAAGGCGCUCGCUGCGCGUGCAGGUAUUUUUGAUUACCUGAUUCCAGAUGGGUACGGUCGAGUCUUUCACCCUCAGAUCGCACUGCAUGAAAUGAUCGCCAGUUUGGUCAUUUACGAAAUCAUGCUCGAUCAUCAAGCUCGCAUUGGAUACGCCGUCUGGACUCCUCCACCCGAGAACACUAGUUGUAAAACCGUCAAACCAUCGCCAACCCCGUCUGCUCCUCCUAAACCUCCACCUCCUCCAACUCGUCCGACUCUGAUUCCUCUCCCGCCAUUUGAGCCAAAGUACGACUGCAAGGGAAGCAAACUUUGUAGCGGCCCGCUUCUCAGGCUCAAGGACUGCGACCACGCGGUUAACUAUCUUCGCCGAGAAACCGAUCCCCCUUUUGAGUAUAGCACAGAGAAGGACCACCUCAAUGGAAAUUGUUGGGGUAAAUCUGAUGGAAUUGGCUGUGGUGUCUUUCUCGAAGGUGAGGGCUGUGAGAUGAAAGGUUAUGACAUGUGGGAUUGGUACCAAAUGAUUCGUAAAGACGGUUCCUGUAAGAAAUGUGGAAAGGUCGAGUAUAAGUAUGGUUGCACACUCAAGAUUGACUAUGUGACGGGAUGCAAUAAUCACGGUUGA